AUGGAUCGAAUGUCUAACGCCGACAAUGAGUUAAGCACAUCUAACCGAGUCAGGAUAGCAAUCACUUAUCCCAACGUCACAAAAGAUUUUGGCGUCGCGCAAAAGGAGCGGAGCUCCUUGAUGGAUCCGCACGUCAAAGAAGAAAAUCAGGAAGCUGAAAUGACAGAGUUUCCGUUUACGGGUGUCAUCGUCAAGACCGAAGUUGAUGAAGCGCCAGAUGUCAGCGGAGAAGAUCUUCACCUGGCGCAGGAGCCAGAGUCCCCUGAUAUUAAAUAUCAAGACCAAGAAGAGGAUAUCGGCGACUUUCCAUUGACUGUCAUUGUCAAGAGCGAAGAAGGUGACGGAGACCUACACGAAGGAGUCCAAUCGGAAAGCCUCUUACCUCUACUCUCCGACGGCGACGAUGUAACGUCUCACACUCUCGACACCGACGAUGACGGCAAGCGCCUGAAGAGUGUCGCGUCGGGUCCCCGUGCCGACCGACACUUGAAAUGCUCUCAGUGCAACAAAACCUUUUUCAACAAGUCAACAUUAAAAAGGCACCUAAGAACGCACACUGGCGAGAAACCUUUUGCCUGCUCGCUUUGCGAUAAAAGAUUCACUCAGAAGGGACAUUUAAUCGCGCACACGAGAACACACACGGGGGAAAGACCUUUUGCUUGCUCAGUGUGUGGUAAAAGAUUCUCCAGGAAGGGUGACUUGAGCAUCCACACAAGAACACACACGGGUGAGAAACCUUUUGCCUGCUCAGAUUGCGGCGCAAGAUUCAGACAGAAGGGUGAUUUAGUAGCGCACGCAAGAACGCACACUGGGGAGAAACCUUAUGCGUGCUCAGUUUGCGGUGCAAGAUUUACUCAAAAGGGACAUCUAGUAGCACACACGAGAACGCACACAGGCGAGAAAACAUUUGCGUGUUCGUUUUGCGGCGCUAGAUUUAGUCAGAACGGCGAUUUAAGAAUACACGCGAGAACGCACACUGGGGAGAAACCAUUUUGUUGCUCAGUUUGCAGCUUAUGUUUCAGCGUGCGCUCGACUUUGAUCCAACACAUGAGAAUGCACACGGGCGAAAAACCCUUUUCCUGCUCUCUCUGCGAUAAACGUUUUUCAAAGAAGACCAAUUUGACAGCUCACGCGCGAACGCACGCUGGUGAGAAACCUUUCGUCUGCUCACUCUGUGGGAAAGGAUUCACGCAGAAGGUACAUUUAGUGGCACAUGUGAGAACGCACACGGGGGAGAAAACGUUUGCCUGCUCAGUUUGCGAAAAAAGAUUUGCUCAGAAGGAACAUUUGGUGUCGCACGUACGAACGCACACCGGUGAGAAACCGUUCGGUUGCAGCGUGUGUGAAAGAAAAUUCCAUGUCAAGCGACAGGUGAAGAGACACAAGUGUGCCGGUGCGAAGAGCAGCGGUCACGACUCCUUUUUCAAUCUCUCAUGA